CCAAUGGAAAUAAUUCAAAUAAUACUCAACAACAAGGACAAGAUAUGAAUUUACUUAUGAAUACUUUAUUAAUGAUGCCUUUUUGGUCAAAUAUAUGUGGAUCAACAAUGCCAAUGCCUGCUGUAUAUCCGAAUAAUGGUAUAACAACAAUACAAAAUAAAAGUACAGAUCAAAUACUUGAUACAUUAGCAACGACAAAUGGAGCAUCGAAUUCCUCAUUAACAUCAGGUGAAUCAUUAAAUAAUGGUACAGGUCAACAUUCAAGUGUAGAUUCAAAUGAUUCAUCAUUAAUUUCAUCGAAUAUAAUUGAUGUAUCAACUGGUGGUUUUGUUGUUUUUAUUUAUGGUAUUGGACCAGAAACAACACAAGAAGAAGUCUUAAAUAUAUUUCAAGGUUUUGGACCUAUACUUCGUACAGAUGUUAUUAAAAAUAAACGAACAACAGUUGGAAAAGGUUAUGGUUUUGUUGUAUUUCGACAUAUGAAUGAUGCAUUAGCAUCUAUUAAAGCAUUACAUAAUAUGCCAUAUAAAGGUCGUUUUUUGCAAGUACGAUUUCGUGUAUAA